CCCCGGUCGCUUGGAAAGGGAAUCGGCCCCGUCCCAUCGGAACUACACGCCAGGGCAAGGGCGUGGGGGGCAGUGAAGGCUUAUGGGGCCCGGAUGGCGGCGGGGCGACCGCAGGAGCUGUGGGAGGCCGUGGUCGGGGCGGCGGAGCGGUUCCGGGCGCAGACGGGCACGGAGCUGGUGCUGCUCACGGCCGCGCCGCCCCCUCCCCCCCGCCCUGGCCCCUGCGCCUACGCCGCCCACGGCCGAGGUGCCCUGGCCGACGCCGCCCGCCGAUGCCUGCAGGACAUCGCCCUGGCCCACCGGGCCGCCACGGCCACCGCGCCCCCACGGCCCCCGCCCCCUCCGGAGCCCCCCGCCCCUCCGGCGCAAGCCCCUACCGUGGAUGAGGAGGUGGUGGCGGCGGAGGAGGAGGAGGAGGAGGAAGAGGAGGAGGAGGAGACGGAGCCCGGAGAGAGGCGGUAUCCCAGCGAGAGCGGAGGCCUGUUUGUCAUGGACGAGGACGCGCCCUGUCAGGACCUGCCCCCGUUCUGCGAAUCUGACCCCGAAAGCACAGACGAUGGCAGUGUGAGUGAAGAGGCGCCCCCGGGUCCACCAGCCUUCACCGUGCCGCCCACAGUCGCCCCCGCCCAGCAAUACGCCAAGUCCUUGCCCGUCUCCGUGCCCGUGUGGGGCUUCAAGGAGAAACGGACGGAGACGCGGUCCUCCGACGAGGAGAACGGGCCGCCCUCGUCCCCCGACCUGGAGCGCAUCGCAGCCAGCAUGCAGGCCCUGGUGCUGCGGGAGGCGGAGGGGACCCAGGUGUUCGGCGAUCUGCCCCGGCCCCGGCUCAACACCAGCGAUUUCCAGAAACUCAAGAGGAAAUACUGACAGGAACGUGUCCUCGUGGCCAUACGCCGACCCUCCUGGCUCUCCCCCAACCCCCGAUUCCCCGUCUCUCCCACACACACACACACUACAACCCGAAGGGCAGGGGGAAAGGAGAUGGGGAACUUCAAGUCCCCCUGCCCCGUCCUCCCCUCCCACCCACUCAUUGAUCCGCCCCUCCUCUGGUCGUUUUCCGUUCCGUUUCCUCCGCUCCUGCCCCUCCCCUCCCAAUGUUGCCUUAAAGGGUCUCCCCCUCCAAGCCCCGUGGAUGGGGGGGAGCCCGACCCCUGCACUUGCCCCCGGGGGGAGGGGAGGGGGAGCGGGGAUGCUGAUCUGACAAUAAAGACGACAGAUUUUAUCUCUGAA